GAGAGAUAGGGAGAGAGAGAGAGAGAGAGGAGGGCGAAAAGAACUCUUGCCAGAUCAUUGCUCCUCUCCCUCGAGAACCAACUCGAAUGGCAGCGAUCGCCGCUCCUCCGUCGAGCGUUGCCGCCGUCGUCCCAGCAUCCUGCUCCUGGCCCGCCCCUGCCUCCGUCUCCGUCUUGCCGGCCCUCCGCCUGCCCUUCCGCCGCCGCCGCUCCGUCUCCUCCCGCCUCUACUCCUCCAAGUCUUCCUCCGGCGCCGACGAGUCCCUCGAUGGCUCGUCCUCUUGCCCCGGAAUUGGCGGCACGCUCCACCCCGCCGUCCCCCCGCCGACGCGAUCCGGCAGAGGGGUGCCGGUGUUCGUCACGCUCCCCGCUGACGCCGUAACGCCGUCGGGGCGGAUGACGCGGAGGAAGACGAUGGGGGCGUCCUUCAUGGCGCUCGCUACGGCCGGUGUGGAGGGGAUCACGGUGGAGUGCUGGUGGGGGAUCGUCGAGAGGGAGACACCGGGGGUGUACGACUGGGGCGGGUACAUGGAUUUGGUGAUGAUGGCGCGGAGAUGUGGGCUCAAGGUGCGCGCGAUCAUUGCGUUCCAUCAGUGGGGGACGGGCCCUGGAGACCCCUGCUGGAUACCUCUCCCACAAUGGGUGCUUAAAGAAAUGGACAAAGAGCCAGAUUUGGCUUUCUCUGACAGGUUUGGUAGAAGGAAUAAGGAAUAUAUUUCUUUGGGAUGUGAUGUUCUUCCUGUUCUAAGGGGACGAUCUCCAAUCCAGGCUUAUUCAGAUUUUAUGAGGAGUUUCAGGGAUACUUUCAAGGACUUCCUAGGAGUUGUAGUAACGGAAAUUCAAGUUGGAAUGGGUCCUGCAGGCGAACUUACGUAUCCUUUUUGCCCCACUGAGAAGCUGAUACGAGCAAGCACUGCAGCUGAACUUGGAGAAUUUCAGUGUUAUGAUAAGUACAUGCUGGCAUCACUCAGUGCUUGUGCACGAAAUAUUGGCAUGCGUGUGUGGGGAUAUGGUGCCCCUCUUGACGCUAGUGACUUUCUGAAGAACCCUGUGGAAACAGGUUUCUUCAGAAGUGAUGGAUCUUGGAACACACCUUAUGGCCCAUUUUUCCUCGAGUGGUACUCGGGUUUGCUUCUUCAUCAUGGAGAGAGGUUAUGCAUCACGACUGGUGCAAUUUUCUUGGGUACUGGUGUUAAGAUUUCUGCAAAAGUUGGUGGUAUGCACUGGCACUAUGGCACAAACUCACAUCCCACUGAAGCAACCACCACUGGUUACUACAAUACUGUCAUUAGAGAUGGUUAUCUUCCAAUACUCCGCAUGUUCGCUCGGCAUAGAAUGACGCUGUGCUGCACAUGUUUCGAUUUGUUAGAUUCUGAGGAAAAGAAUAAUUCAAGGAGCAGUCCAGAAACAUUUCUUAGACAGCUUCUUUGUGCUGCUAGGAUGUGCAACCUGCCACUUACCGGUGAAAACUCUUUUGCUAGGCUGGAUGAUGCAUCUCUGAAUCAGGUUAUUUAUAACUCCAGGCUUUACUAUGGCGGUGCUUAUGAGACUUCAUUGUCUUUUAACUAUGUCAGAAUGAACAGAAACCUAUUCGACUCUCAUAACUGGAAUCGCUUUACUAGAUUCAUGAGGCGGAUGUCGAAUAACCAAACAUUUCAGGCCAGAUUAGAUUCUAGAGGAAGUGAAUCAUUUCUUUCUUCUAUCUCUGCUCUCUGAGAGGGAUUUUCUUAUAGCACCUAUUCAUUUAAACUGUUCUGAGAAGCGAGCAGCAUCAAAUAUCAAUGGAGCACAGAUAAUUGAACACGCAUGGCGCCUUUUUAUGCCAAAGGAAAAAAAAAUGUGUAUGCUUUCCCACAUAUUCAUCUAUGUAGGUUUUAUGUUUAUAUCACUGCUUCUUUUUAUGGUUUCUGUAUUUUUCUUUUCCUUCAAAACCUGUAUUUUAUCUGAUUCAACUGCUUUGUAAAAAUUUAGAAUAUAGUAUUCUGAUACUCCCGUCAUUCAAAAUUA